UCUGGCGGGACCUGCGUUGGGAGUGGGCGGGUCGGCGCAGGCGCAUUUUGGUGAGCGAGCCGAAGCGCGGGAAGCGGCUGUUGAGGAGCCUGAGUCGCGGAGGCUCGGUCACCCAGGUAGAUAAAGGGAAAGAUGCCGGCCACACGGAAGCCAAUGAGAUAUGGACAUACGGAGGGACACACGGAGGUCUGUUUUGAUGAUUCUGGGAGCUUUAUUGUGACUUGUGGAAGUGAUGGCGAUGUGAGGAUUUGGGAAGACUUGGAUGAUGAUGAUCCUAAGUUCAUUAAUGUUGGAGAAAAGGCAUAUUCAUGUGCUUUGAAGAAUGGAAAGUUGGUCACUGCAGUUUCUAAUAAUACUAUUCAAGUCCACACAUUUCCUGAAGGAGUUCCAGAUGGUAUAUUGACUCGCUUCACUACAAAUGCAAACCAUGUGGUCUUUAGUGGGGAUGGUACUAAAAUUGCUGCUGGAUCUAGCGAUUUUCUAGUCAAAAUUGUGGAUGUGAUGGAUAGCAGCCAACAGAAAACAUUUCGAGGACAUGAUGCCCCUGUUUUAAGUCUUUCCUUUGAUCCUAAGGACAUCUUUCUGGCAUCAGCUAGUUGUGAUGGAUCUGUCAGAGUGUGGCAAAUUUCAGAUCAGACAUGUGCUGUUAGUUGGCCACUGCUACAAAAAUGCAACGAUGUGAUAAAUGCAAAAUCAAUCUGCAGACUGGCUUGGCAGCCAAAAAGUGGGAAGUUACUGGCAAUUCCUGUGGAAAAAUCUGUUAAGCUAUAUAGAAGAGAAACUUGGAGUCAUCAAUUUGAUCUUUCAGAUAAUUUUAUCUCUCAGACCCUCAAUAUAGUAACCUGGUCUCCCUGUGGGCGAUAUUUAGCUGCAGGCAGUAUUAAUGGUCUAAUUAUAGUUUGGAAUGUGGAAACCAAAGACUGCAUGGAAAGGGUGAAACAUGAGAAAGGUUAUGCAAUUUGUGGUCUGGCGUGGCAUCCUGCUUGUGGUCAAAUAUGUUACACUGAUGCAGAAGGAAAUCUAGGGCUGCUAGAGAAUGUCUGUGACCCCAGUGGAAAGACAUCAAGCAGUAAGGUAAAAAGUAGUAUGGUAGAUAUUUCAAUGCUAAAAACUGGUUCUAAUCUUCUCAAAGAGGAGGAGGAAGAUGAUCAGGAAGGAGGCAUUCACAAUCUACCACUUGUAACAUCCCAAAGGCCAUUUUAUGAUGGACCCAUGCCAACUCCCCAGCAAAAGCCAUUUCAGUCAGGUUCUACACCCUUGCAUCUCACUCACAGAUUCAUGGUGUGGAACUCUAUUGGAAUUAUUCGCUGCUAUAAUGAUGAGCAAGACAAUGCCAUAGAUGUGGAGUUCCAUGAUACCUCCAUACACCAUGCAACACACUUAUCAAACACUUUGAAUUAUACAAUAGCAGAUCUUUCCCACGAAGCUAUUUUGUUGGCAUGUGAAAGCACUGAUGAGCUAGCAAGCAAGCUUCACUGCCUGCACUUUAGUUCUUGGGAUUCGAGCAAAGAGUGGAUGAUAGACAUGCCUCAGAAUGAGGAUAUUGAAGCCAUAUGUGUCGGUCAGGGAUGGACUGCUGCUGCUACUAGUGCCCUGCUUCUUCGAUUGUUUACUAUUGGAGGGGUUCAAAAAGAGAUAUUCAGCCUUGCUGGGCCUGUGGUGUCAAUGGCAGGACAUGGAGAACAGCUUUUCAUUGUUUAUCACAGAGGUACAGGAUUUGAUGGGGAUCAGUGCCUUGGAGUUCAACUACUAGAGCUGGGGAAAAAGAAAAAACAAAUUUUACAUGGUGACCCUCUUCCUCUUUCAAGGAAAUCCUACCUUACAUGGAUUGGGUUUUCCGCUGAAGGUACCCCUUGUUACGUGGAUUCAGAAGGAAUCGUUCGAAUGCUUAACAGAGGACUUGGUAAUACAUGGACUCCUAUAUGUAAUACAAGAGAGCACUGCAAAGGAAAAUCUGAUCACUACUGGGUGGUUGGUAUCCAUGAAAAUCCCCAGCAACUAAGGUGGGUUAUUAAAAGAAGUCUAAAGUUGACUCUUUUUUAAAAGUACUUUGAAAUUCUUUUUCUGAGGCUCUUUAACUGUAUUUGUCUUUUAUCUUAGUCCAAUUACUUGCUUUCCACAGUCACUAAAUUAGGAAUUUGUUCAUAUUCACUC